AUGUUACCAUUGGGCCUUCUAACGGCCGCCCAGGGCCACCCAAUGCUCGUGGAGCUCAAGAACGGCGAGACGCUAAACGGACAUCUUGCCAACUGUGACAACUGGAUGAACUUAAUACUCAAGGAAGUGGUUCAGGCUAGUCCCGAGGGUGACCGUUUUUUCAGAUUGCCUGAGGUUUACAUCCGAGGAAACAAUAUCAAGUAUCUGCGGAUCCCCGAAGAGAUUGUGGAGAUGGUGAAGGAACAGCAGCAGAAUCAGCCACCGAAUCGCAACCGUGGCGGUCGUGAAGGAAGGGGAGAUAGAGGCCGUGGUGGUGGUCGCGGAGGCCGAGGUCGGGGCCGGGGCCGGGGUGGCAGCUAA